AUGGCUACAGCCUCACAUUCGCGUCUAGGCCCACUGUCACGCAAACGAAAGGCCAGUCAAAGUCCAGACAAGAAUAUGAGAGACACAAAAGCCGCAAAGCUAAAACAGUUGAAGGAUGCUCUCGAGGAGUUGGACGAGGCCGAGCUGGAUCAGCGUCCAGAGUUCAAUUCGAUAGGCGACGUUCGCCGCUACAACAUGGCUAUUUUUGGUCCUGCGAGGUAUGAUGAACUGGGGAACCCAGCUUUCUACUUCCCCGAUAUUUGCUUUGAUAGCUAUUUCAGCUGCUUGCCGAGCGGGCUUCACUCGGGUAAUAAACCCCGAUAUAAAUAUCAACUUCCACGAAUGCUCCUUCUUAUGCACAUAUGGCUUGUUCAGCUGGGGGACGGGGAGUUAAGAACGAUUAAUAAUAUCCAACGAGCGCACACAUUCUGGAUUUCAAUGGGAUUAAAGACUUGGGAAGGGCGAACGUAUGGUUACUACCAGAACUGGAUACCUGAUGCUAUUUGGAGGCUGCGAUCUGAUAUCCUUUGGAUAUGUGGUCAUGGAAAACGAAACCGUGAAUCGCGCCUAGGUCCAGUAACGAGAGCCCAGUUCCCCCUAUUGUCAGAAGGCAUGAAACGGUGCAAGGCGCGGCAUGAAAACUUUCUCAAAAGAGAGAAACAGGCAAAGGAUGAAUCUAAGAAGACCAUAGAGCACCAAUCAAUGAAAAAUCUGUGCUCUCGGGUAGUAGGCGAGUUAACUGAAGACGGUCCUUCUGAGCCUAAAUCCCCGGGAAAUAAGACGGAAAACGCUAUCAACGAAGCAGACAAUAAGCCACGUAUUGCCUACUCAGGCCGAGUUACUCAGUCAAGGCAUGCAAUGACAAUGGAGAUGCAAGUACAGGAAGAAGAGUCUCCAUACACAUCAUUGAGCGAGAUUGAUACUCCAUCAUCCUGGGAAUCAUCAUCCUCACAACACCCGCCGGUGGAUCUAUAUGGCCAUGCAAUGAGAGUGGACCGGGAUUCCUUGCCACUUGUAUCUAGGAGCAAGGGAAAGUAUUCAGCUCAUAGGUAG